UUUUUUUUGUGAUUUCUGAAGAAUGGGAUGAUAGUGCAAACACGGAUUUCCCCAAUCUAUAACUAGACUUCCAAAAACCUUUUCAGUUUUCAACAUCGAAAUUUCUCCUAUUUGUUAUUUUUAAAACAUUUGGGGCUAUUUAUUAUUUUCUUAAAAGUAUAGAUAAUUAUAAGAAAAAGGGUCUCAAACGCUCAUCAUCCUCAAUCGACGCAGAUAGUUCCACCAAUUAGGGUUUUCGUCCGCCAGAAUUUCCAGAGACGUAUCUUGAAUCUAGACAUGGGAUCUCAUGAGCAAUCGCCUGAGAAUAACGGUUCGAGCACUGUAUCGAAGAAAGUUGCUGAUAUUUGGCAACGAAUGAACGAAGGAGUUCCAAAUAAACGUGUCAAUUUCGUCUCAACCGCUUUGCCCGCUAAAAACUCAGCUAAUAGCAAUUGGAAAAGUUAUCUCGGUGUGAAUGUGAAGAAGAAGGAUACUUGUGUUUCUGAUGUACAGAAGAGUGUUUUGAAUCAUAGCUGUAGUGAGGAGGCUAAGAGUAUUGCUGCAGCCGCUUUAGCUGCGGUGCGAAACGCAACUGUAACGGCUGCAGCUGCAUCGAGCCGGGGCAAGAUUGAGAUAACCGAGGUCAAAGAUUUUGCGGGUCAAGAAAUCGAAGUAAAGCGGUUAGUUGAAGCGGAUUCAAAGGAAGCAUUGGAGAGGGGAAACAAAGGCUCCUCUUCCUCCUCAGCAGCGCCUUCAGCGGUUGAUGCGGUUCUUGAGCAGAUAAAAAAGAAACAAAAGCUGAGUGUUUUGGACAAGACGAAGAAAGAUUGGGGAGAGUAUAAGGAAGAACACAAAGGUGUUGAAGACGAGCUAGAUAAGUACAAGAAAAGCUCGGAUCAGUAUCUCGACAAAGUUGGUUUCUUGGAGAGAGCUGAUUACAGACAGUUUGAGAAAGAGAGAGACGCUCGUUUAGCUCUUCAGUCCAAGAGAAGACACGAUGAUGUAUGAAAUGAAAUGUGACCGACCCUUUUAACAUGUAUGAAAUCAUUUUCUCAAGCCAUUUUGGUCACAUUCUUUCCAUAGUCUAAACCGAGUUCCCGUUGCAUGAUUGAUUCUGAUUUUUUAUGUCUCGUUCAUAAGAAUUGAGAACAUCCUCUCUUGUAGGCCAUGGACAAUGAAAUGGGCUUGUAAUGCAAAUGAAAUCCCAACUUCUGAAGCCCAUGUUUUUAUUUCAACCCAAUUAUGAAACGAAACAUCAUUUCAUUUGUGAUCG